UCGGCGGGAAAGGCGUCUUGGCGCCUUCCUUGGGCGCUGCUUUCCCGAGACUGUUAAAGGAAGAGCUGCUUCUUCCUGCCUCCCAGACUGCCCGGCGGUGCCCGUUGCCGGGGAACGCAGGCGCCGUGGGUAGGGAUGGCGGGAGGGAACGGCUCAGGUGCUGGCAUCCGCGUUGAGUUGGCUAGGAAAACCAACUCGGGCUCGCCAUGAAACAACGGAGAGGCCCAGGGCCUGGGGGCGGCCGCGGGCGCAGGAAAAGAGGUUUGAGUGACAUUCCACCAUCUACAAGCCUGCCACCUCUGGUUGAAGGCCAGCUCCGCUGCUUCCUCAGACUUACUGUUAAUAAAGUCAUAUGGAAAGUUGCAAAACCUCCCACGUGUGUACUUGUCCGAGUGAGAUGGUGGGGAGAAACAUCAGAUGGAACCCUCUUUUGUCCCAGAGAUGCAUUGCAGACUGAACCGAAAGCUGUGAGAACAACUACUCGCUACGCUAUACGUUGUGGUCCAAAGCAGUUUACCUCUUACCUAACAGAUAUGGCUGUGCUCCUGCUGGAGGUAGUCACCAGGCUUGAUCAUCUUCCGGUCGGUAGAGUUCAAAUCGGCGGAUUAGCUCAGCUUUCUCCAACCCAUCAGAUCAAUGGACUUUUUACCAUUGUUUCACCUGCAUCUAAGAAACUGGGAGAACUUCAGGUAUCACUUGCCCUGGAGCCUCUAUCAGAAACCUAUGACAGCUACAAUCCUCUUCCUACCACGGACAUGACAGAGAAUGUAUUAUUAUCUGAGCGGAGACCCAGAGAGAACGCUGAAUCCAGCAAUACCCAGUUCCUGGUUCCAUCAAGGUCUUAUGGGAUGCCUAUCAUCAAAAGUGAUGGAAAAGAAUUAGCAGCCAACAGCAGCAGAUCAACCACACCAAGGGGAAAGGACCAUUUGUACUUCACAGAGAACUCAGACACAGGAAAGGAAUCUUUCUGUGGACUACAGCCGCAUCUUAACUCAGGCCAGAGUUUAGAGACUGGAGCUUUGAAAGGCAAAGCCCCACAGAAGCAGAUGUCCCUUUUCAACAACGCUGAGUUCCAGCCCCAAAUUAGUACAGUCGCCAAGAGUCAUGGUGACUCACGCGUGCUUUCUUCAAGCAACCCACCCACAAAGGACCUCCUUUCAGCUCUGUUAGAACAAGGCAAUAAACUGCGGAAUGCCAUGGUGAUUUCUGCAAUGCAGUCAGACCCAGACACUAGCAUACUGUUGGGCAAAGUUCAUCCUCCUGUGAAGGAAGAUAGUUUCAGAUCGUCAGCACAAGUUAAAACCUCACCAAAGAAUCAGUUUAAAGACCACAGUGACAAUCACCUCCUCCCUGUGACUGAGAAUUCAUGUUGUAAAUAUGACACAAAAGCUGAUACCAGAGCUAUACAGCUGCUGUUAGGCAGUGCUGAGUUCUCCCAAGGGCAUGUCUGGAAUGGACUAGGCUCUCCUCCAGAUUCCCCGUCUCCUGGGAGUGAUGUGUAUUGCAGCAGUGACCCGAAUGAUGCUCAGUAUGACCAGAGUCUCCUGGAGAACUUAUUUUAUACAGCACCCAAAUCUGAUGUCAGCCUCAGUGAUUUUCUCAGUGAUGAUGAUGGUAUGGAACCUUCCAAAAAAAUGAACCAGUCAAAAACUUUUGAUAGAUCUUCCAAGAUUCUAGAGUCAAGUGAACACGGGCUGAAGAAGAGGACUACAGACAUGAAGAACGGAGAUUUCAUUGACCAACAGCUAGCCUCAGGAGAUACCCAGGUGAUGACCCUAAGUGUGGAUAAACUGACCCUGCUGGGCAGAGCACAUUCAGUCAGAAUCAUCAUUGAAACAAUGCAAGUCCCUCCAGAUAGUCCUCAGAUGACAGCAGGCAAAAAAAACUUUUCUGGAAGACCAUCCAAGGUGACAACAGUGAAAAAGAGCACUUUCUUUGUGAUGUUUCACUUUCCUGUGGGCUUUUCCAAAAGUGGAUUGGGAAAGACAGCUUUGAUCACGGAGGCUGUUCGACUUGCCUCCAGUAAAGUUACAGAUGGAAUGGUGAAAUUCCAGCAGCGAUUUGUGUUUCCAGUACAAUUUGGGGGCUCAAUGAUAGAGCACUGGUGGAAUUCUAGCCUCAUCUUCCAAAUUUAUGCAAAGAAAAUACCACAGAAAAAGCCAGAAGUCAUUGGCUCUGCAUCACUUCCUCUGCGAACUGUCAUCCAGUCAGAGCUGCUUUCGUUCAGUGGCCAGCUUCCAGUACAACAGGAAAGUGGUCCGACUCCACUUGGUCCCUUGAAGGUAACCAUGGAGCUUGUCAUAGGUAGUAAGGAUUUCACUGGUGUCGGUGCUACGUUAGGUAGCAAUACCCAACAUCCCCCUCUUGCUGCUGCCACAGAUCCAGACAAGAUACUACCAGAACCAAGCCAAGAUCCUACCUGCACCAAAAAUCCACCGAACCCAAGUCACAUUCAUGAGGAAACUGCCCAGAAAGCACAGAACCUGAUACUCCCCAACCCUAAAUCACCAAGCCCCCUAGCCCCAAAUUCUUCCAUCAUCAUGGCGGCACCAACGUCCCACCAUUUAAUGAGUCAGAUAAAUGGAUCAACAAAAGAAGACGCUUUGCUGUUGCAUGUGCUGCUGAUGGUACCCGAUGGGAAAGAUUUCUUUACUGGGGAAUCUGAGAAACAGCCUCCGUGCAACGUCUAUUUAAAUUGCAAGCUCUUUAGCACAGAGGAAGUCACCAGAUCUGUCAUCGCCUGGGGCACCACACAACCAGUCUUCAACUUUUCCCAGGUGAUUCCUGCCUGCCUGUCUUCCACGUAUCUGGAAAGGCUUAAGAACAAUGUGAUGAUAAUUGAGACUUGGAACAAGGUGCGGAGCCCAGGACAAGACAAGCUGCUCGGGCUGGUGAAACUCCCCCUCCAUCAGUUUUACAUGUCAUUCAAAGAUCCCAAGAUUUCUCGCCUACUGCUUGAGGCCAAGUACCCAGUCGUUGCUGUUGACAGCUACAUGCCCGUGAUUGAUGUGUUCUCGGGCCACCAAAAUGGGAGCCUUCGAGUCUUCUUAGCCAUGGGUUCUUCUGAGCAGAUAACAGCCCUGCAGAGAUUAAAGAAUGAAGAAGGAACACUCCCUCCCUUCAGCCCCAGGCCAGCCCACUUCCUGGACCAGCCAUCUGCAGCAUCUGUCGCUAUGGCAGAAGACCAAGGAAACAGAUUGAUGGAGCACCACUUUGAAUUCCAUGUGGUGAUGGUUAAAGGGCUAACCCCUCUUCAGGCAACAGUCUGGGGAGAGGCAGAUUGUUACGUCCAGUACUACUUUCCAUUCCAAGACUCCCAACCCAGUGUACUCAAAGGACCUGACUUCCUUGAAAAUGGAAUCACUCUGAAGCCCUUCAGAACUUCAACCACACUCUGUGUUCCAGAUCCCAUCUUUAAUAGUGAGCACCACCACUCUCUCCUGUUGCCAUUGGACAUUCCAGUGCAAAGGCUGCUAUUAAGUGUCUUCUCCUCACAGGGGCUUGUGCCUGGAGGUGGUGUCCAGUUUGAAAUCUGGUGCAGGUACUAUUAUCCUAAUGUAAGAGACCAGAUGGUUGCCAAAGGAACCUUGCCAUUAUCAAGGAUCUGUGCCAUGGUAACCAGGCAGCAACGUGAAGAUAUGGGAAUGGAGAACUUUAAUCUCCCUUUAACCCCCAGGCUUGAGAACAGGAAUAAAUUGAAGAGCCAGUCAUCAGGUUUACUGGAUGUGGGCCUAAGGUACAGGCGCAGCCCAAGAACAGCAGAGGGAGUUAUUGCUGCCCGAGCUGUCUCCAUCUCAGUGCAAGUCAUCAGAGCCUGUGGUCUGCAGGCAGCAGCCAAGGCUCUGGCUGAACAGGAACCUGCGCUGCAGUUUAGUGCCACAGUUGGAGUCAACGCUUCUGUCACAACUCAUCUUUCAUUCCUGCCCAAGGGAGAACAGCGCCGAACCCGCCCUGUAGCCUGUUCCUUCUGCCCUGAGUUCUCCCAUCACAUUGAGUUCCCAUGUAACUUGGUGACUCAGCACUGUAGUGGAGAGGCCUGCUUCCUGGCAGAGCUGUUGGAGUUUGCAGAAAUUAUUUUUGCUAUCUAUCAUGAAAAUACCAAGUCAGUCAAUACUAUAGCCAGUAUCCAGUCAUGCAAAGAUUACCUGCUUGGAGUAGUAAAGGUUCCAACAAAAGAGCUGCUGCUCAAGAGAUCUGGGAUCACGGGAUGGUAUCCUGUCAUUUUACCAGAAGACGAGAGCCUGCCCCAGGACUUGGAGUUUAUGCAGAAGAUUGUAGGUGGCCUGGAGCUUUCAAUCUCCUUCACCCAUCCUGGAGAUAGAGAACGGGUAUUAGAAGCUGCUGAGCUGUUGGGCUGGAGCUUCGAAAAUAGACUGAAGGAUCUCGACAAGCUAGAAGAAGAAGUGCCAGCCACUGUCACCAUCUCUACCCCAAGACUGUGGCUUCCUGUUCACUGUGUGCUGCUUGCCGGCCACAGGCAGAUCCACAGGAGUACAUACUGCUACCUUCGCUAUAAGCUGUACAGUCAUGAAGCCGUCUGGACCCCUCUGAGGAAGCCCAAGGAAUCUACAAACAAAAACCAGGUCCUGGUUACUUUCAAGGCAUCCAAAAGAGCAGAAGUCACUAGGAACCAGUCACUGCUUUGGUACUUCAGAGAGGAAAGGCUAGAAAUCCAAGUGUGGCGAGCUUAUGGCAAUGAUAGUGUGGAGAGGCCACACCAAACCGACAGCUGGAUUGGCUCAGCCUAUGUGGAUCUUGCCAGACUUGGAGAAAAGUCAGCAAGGACACUAACUGUCAGUGGUGUGUACCCUCUGUUUGGACGAAAUGCUUCCGACCUCCGUGGAGCGGCCUUGCGAGUUCAUGUGGUCCUUUCCCCUCUUGCCCCACACGCUGAGCCCACUCAGGACAUGGACUCCACAGAGUGCAGCAGCCACAGUGAGCCUGAGCAGCUCCCUAGGAAGAAUGACGACAUCCAACUCUCUCCACCCUGUGACCACCAGAAGUCCCCUGCCUUCGCCCAGGUCCCCAGCAACAGCUCAGUGGCUGAAGACUGCCAGACCCAGGAGGGCCCUGCUGAGUCAUGUGGAACUUUUGCAGUCAGCAUCCUGGUAGAGAGAGCGAUGCACUUGAGCCUGAAAGGGAGCCCCUUGACAGAGCGGAAAGUAUCCGCACCCAGCUGUUGCGUAUCCUUCGCAACAGCUGAUGAGCCAUCUCCUGUAUACACCCAUGUGGUUGAAAACACAGAUUCACCCAUCUGGAAUUUUCAACAGCAGUCAAGGCUAUCAAAAGAGCUGCUUCUGGACCCACGGCAAACCCUGGUCUUCAAAGUCUGGCAUAAAGGAGAUGAGGAGAGGGUGAUUGGCUUUGCCUCGGUGGACCUCUCCCCACUGCUGUCUGGCUUCCAGUUUAUCUGUGGCUGGUACAAUAUUACCGACUUCAGUGGAGAAUGCCAGGGGCAGAUAAAAGUUGCUGUUUCCCCUUUGGAGAGUCUGGUGCACUUCAAAGAAGAAAGACAAGCAAGGCGUGGGUCAGAGACCCCAGGAUCACUGAUGCCAAUGUACAGCCCUUUCUCCUUCCCUGCCUCUCACACGUGUGCGACAUUCCCUAGUCACAUUGCAAGACACACCCAAGACCAGCUUGUUCACACCUCUUCAAAGGCGCUUGAUUUCUCCUAUCCUGGGAGAGGCAGUGGCACAAGGAGCCAGGCGGCGCGCCACGAAGAGCACGUACAGAACAUCCGCCGCGUUCACGAGUCCCUGCAUCGCGGGGAGGCAGUCUCCACAGUUGAUGAGAAGCCGGCCGCAGCGCCGUCGUCCUCCCAGACCUCCAUUCUGACUUCUCUCAGGAGGAAUCUGAGUGAGCUAGAUGAGAUCCAGCAGUACUUCAGCCAGAAGCUCAGCAAGCCCUUCCUGCCCUCGGGCUCUCAUAGUCAUCCUGCUGUCACGCAGUGUCAGGAGAGCCACAAGCACAGUUUGGGGACAGGAACCAGCAGCCAAGACCCUGAGAGCCAGUCCAUCCUGGAGAAAUCCAGUAACCUGGUGUUGCAGGUCAGCUCCUUGAUCUCAGAUCUGCAGACUAUCACCAGGGAGUCUCAAGCAGCCUUGACUUCUCACCAAGCCAGGAGUAGAAGCAGAGAGGUUAUGACCCUUGCAGACGCCGAAGACACUGAGGCCAUGCGACAGAGCGCGGCUCCGGAGGAGCCAUUGGCAAGAGCUGUGGAAGAGAGUGGCAGCUCCCCCCCUCCCCCUGCUCUUGAAGAGACUUCAAGCGGAGAAGUGCUGCCUGAGCCCCUGGGGCACACCGCACCCAUUGAGAGGCUGCCCAGCACGGAGGACACUGAAGCGGGCCCGGCCGACAGUGAUGACGACUAUGAAGAAGACAUCAUUGAGCCUAGGACCCUAAAUGAGAUCACCACUGUGACAGACAAAACUAGCCCCUGGUCUAGUUUCAUGUCAGACACAAGUGAGGUGAUGAGCCCCCAGCCCAGUAAGGUGCAGAGCACCCACCCCUGUCCUUCCCCAGGCCCUUGCCCCAGAGAGGAGCUCAAGGUCAAAAGAAACUUUCAGUCCAGCCCAGAAAGGACCGUCCAGCCCCAUCUGCCUGGGCAGGGCUCUCCUAGCCAAAGUCUUACUGCUUGUGAGGGUGGAGCCUCGAAGGCUGGGGUAGGAGAGCCCGCAUUAACCAAACCUCAGCUUAUCCUCCACCCAUCACUCCCAAGAGCCCCACAGAGCAAUGCUUUUGUUGGAUGGAGCUCAGCGCAGGCAGACCAGGACAUGGGGUCCAUACCCAAGGCCCAGGCUGAGAAGGAAACGGCCUCCAGUGAGCUCAGUGACUCUUCUGACAGCUUUGAGAAGUCCCCUCCAUUCCUAUCCUACCAAAGCAAAAGGGAAAACCUCAAGGAGCCACCUAUGGACUCCCCUGACGUCAGGCCUAAGCAGAUGGCAUCUGGGUCAGAGGUGUCCACGCGGCAGAACCUCCUCCCGGAUCCCAUUGUGGUACCCAACUUCUUUUUGCCUUCCCAGCAGUUGGAGGCCUCCCUGCGGAUGCUGUCACACUGUGCAGCUUUACCGCCACCAGCCACAGCAGACCAGGAGAAGAGUGAAGCCACCAGGAAAGCUCCCUCCCAGAGGCCUUGUCGCCCCAGACUGAACUUUCUCCCUCCCAACCUGCCUGAAGAAGAAACGCGCAGGAUCGCCCGGAUAUUUUCUUCCCGGUACUCCCAGAAAGACUGACCCCACAUGAGGGACUGAGGGAAGGGGCCACCAGCUCCCCUCCCUUGGCUUUGUCCAGCUCGCAAGAGGCUCCAGGUCUGCUUCCCUUAGCAUUGUUACAGCCUCGUCCAGUCACCCCAGACUGGAGGAGCACCCCCAAACCACUCAGUGUCCACCUUCUAGGACCAGAGCUGCUGCCUUCUAAGAUGAGGCAAAGGCUAGAAAUAAAAUGAAUUCCAGCAUCCAAGUGACCCACCCUUUUUUUUUUUUUUUUCCAUUGUCCUUGGCAUAGCCUGGCUUACAGACCUGAGUCCAUCCUCUGCCUGAAUAGGACAGGCCAUUUUUGCCUUAAAUACUAGAGCCUGAGGAUAAGAGGUAGAUGGUAUGUCUAGCCAAGAAAACCUUAGGGCCCCAUCCAGUUCAUUUACCUGAGAAUGGGGGUAUUUUACAAAUUUAAGUUAUUUUUGUGCUGUGUUAGUUGAAUCAAAAGAAGGGGACAUCACCUCCCUUAAACUGUAUAUUUGAUUGUCUGAAAUCUAACCAUGUUUUUAACUUAUUUUUAUUCAGCUCUGAAGGUCAUUGUUCUAACUUUUGUUUGAAUAAAGUCCUACUGGUAUUUGUAUUA